AUGUCUGCAGCUCCUGCUACCAAGCGCCAAAAGGCGUCUACGCCCGACGAACCUGCCCCCUACACCCUGAUCUACUGGCCCGGUCUGCCGGGUCGCGGGGAGCACGUCCGCCUUGCCUUUGAAGAGGCCGGCGUCCCCUACGUCGACGUCUCCAAGCAGGACGACGCCAUUCCCCAGGUGCUGGCCCGGAUCAGCCCCGACAACGCGGUCGCCGUCAGCGCUCCCAACCUGCCGCCGCUCGCACCGCCCAUUCUCCAGCAUGGCGAUCUGACGAUCCACCAGACGCCUAACAUUCUGAUGUACCUGGGCCCGCGCCUGGGGUUGGUGCCCACGGCCGAGGACAACGACGGCAAUGCCGUGUACCGGGUCAACGCCCUGGCCUUGACGGCGCUCGACGGCUUCUCCAACGAGGUCCACGACUGCCACCACCCCAUCUGCACGUCGCUGUACUACGAGGACCAGAAGGCCGAGUCGGUCCGCAAGAGCAAGCUCUACGUGAAGAAUCGCCUCCCCAAGUUCCUCGCCUACUUUGAGCGCGUCCUGCACCUCCAGGAAGACCGCAAGGCCGGCGGUCCCUGGCUCUGCGGCGCCGCCUUGACUUAUGCCGACCUGGUCCUGUUCCAAAGCCUCGACGGCACUGCCCACCAGUUCCCCCGGGCUCUCCAGCAGCUGCGCGAUGCCGGCGACUACAAGCGCGUGUUUGCACUGACUGACGCCGUGCGCGCGCGCCCCAACAUUGCCGCCUACCUGGCGAGUGACCGCCGCGCCAAGUAUGGCGACGGCAUCUACCGCUACUACAAGGAGCUGGAUGUCCUGCCCGAGGAUAGCGUCGAUGAGAAGGAGUAG